UUCACCACACAUAGUUCCACUACUUGUCAAAAGAGGGCCCAUCUAGGCGGGAAGGCAUCGUCGGCAUUGUUUAUGGUCUCUUUCGAAACGCGACGAUACCAAAAAUAAGCGGUGGCAACUUUAUAGUUUAACAGAUAUAAUCCAACAUUGACAUUCCUAGAGCUGCAUUUCCAGGUGUGUGAAAUAAUUCUAGAAUCAUAUUAUGACAUCAAAACGACCCACCGAACAAGCCGAAGCCAUCGACAAUGCCGACCUGUCAGGAGAAGACAUGGAAGAUACGGCCAGCAGUAUAGGCAGUUCUUCCACGUUGGACACAGCCUCGAGGAGCGACACUCCAACUCUGAAACCCAAGAAACGAGGCAAGCCCGGCAGAAAAAAGGGCACUAAAAUUCCAAAAAUUAACUACAAAUUUAGUUCUUUCAUCAAAGAAGAUCACGGCCAACCUUUGUUUGGUGUGCAAUUCAAUCACUUACUUAGAGAGGGCCAACCUCUCGUUUUCGCCACAGUUGGCAGCCACAGGAUAUCAGUUUAUGAAUGCCCUGAAAUGGGUGGGAUAAAGCUACUGCAGACAUAUGCAGACCCUGAUCCAGAAGAAAACUUUUACACCUGUGCUUGGUCCUAUGACGAAGAAUCUGGGAAACCCAUUUUGGCAGCUGCCGGCUCCAGGGGCAUUGUUCGAAUAAUUAGUCCAGCCACAAUGAGCAGCAUCAAGCAUUAUGUUGGUCAUGGACAUGCCAUCAAUGAACUAAAAUUUCACCCGUCCGACCCAAAUCUACUUCUCUCCGUUUCGAAGGAUCAUGCCCUUCGACUCUGGAACAUCAGAACAGAUCAGUGCAUUGCCAUUUUCGGUGGUGUCGAGGGCCACAGGGACGAAGUCCUCAGCGCCGAUUUUGAUUUGGAAGGUCGGCGGGUUAUCUCAUGCGGAAUGGACCAUUCGUUGAAAUUGUGGCGACUCGACACGGAUGCCAUUGAAAAAGCAAUUGGCGAUUCUUACACCUUUGCACCGAGCAAAAGUUCCAGGCCAUUCGCUACCGUUCAAGAAAAUUUCCCCAAUUUUUCGACGCGUGACAUUCACCGCAAUUAUGUCGACUGCGUCCGCUGGCUGGGCGAUUUCGUUCUUUCAAAGUCGUGCGAAAAUACCAUCGUUUGCUGGCGACCUGGCCGUUUGGCAAACAAUGGAAUUCGAGUCAUGAACAAUAACGCCGUAACGGUUCUUCAUCGUUUCGACUAUCGCGAAUGUGACAUCUGGUUCAUGCGAUUCUCAUUGGAUUCGUGGAACAAAGUUAUGGCUUUAGGUAAUCAAGUUGGCAAGACAUUUGUAUGGGAUCUCGACACUGAUGAUCCCAUGGCAUCUCGCCAUUUAGUUUUGACACAUCCAAAAUGCGUUACGGCCAUUCGUCAGACGGCACUCAGUCGUAAUGGGCAUGUAUUACUCUGCGUCUGUGAUGACGCGACAGUCUGGCGUUGGGAUCGAAUCCUCUAAUUUUGUAUGCAUGAAUAUUUCUGUUUUUGCCCCUUACUUUUUCUCUUAAAAUGAAUUAUACCUUCGUGUGUUCGAAUAGUAAUAAAAUUUAAAAAAUCGAAAAAUUAAAAAAUAAAAUAAAUUUUUUUGUAAUUGC